AUGAAGCGCCGCCGUCCUGUAUUCUCCGCCCUGGUGGCUUUGCUCUUGUCAAUUGUGCAAUGCGAAGCUUUGUCAGCACAAGGCAGCCCAGAGCAGCAGGCGGCAGGUCUUCUUCAUCGUCAGAAGCUGGAGGAGAAGUUUGCGCUUUGGAGCAGAUCAAAGCCAAGAUUGCCGCGACUGCCACGAUCUGUACUAUCCGUGCACUCCUACCUGCGGCAACCACGACAAGCUGGGCAGGAGCGAGAUGUCCACCCUGCUUCAAAUCAGGAUGAACAGUGGGAGAAAGAUUAUGAGGCCUUCGAAGCUCUUCAACGGGCAAAAGAUGGGGAACCAACGCUGGCCCUGUUGGCACAAUCACAAGGAAUAGAUGCCAAAGUCGCCAAAGUGCUGCAGCAGACUGAAACUCUAGAGAAUGAAGUGGAUUUGAAGAGGCCCACCGAGCAGCAGCAAAUCCGCCAUGCAAAAGAGUUACAGGCCAACCACCAUUUGGCGGAGAUGAAGGCGAAGGAUAGUGAAGUGUCGCUCUUGAGGCUUCAAGGAGAAGCCAAGCAGACGCAUAUGCAAGCUCGUGCAUAUGAGAUCAUGCAAGGAAAGGCUGAGAACUUUCAGCGUGCAAAAGCUGAGCAGCAAAGAUUUAUGCAAUGGCAAAAGGCCCAUGAAAUGACGAAGUCGACACAGAAUCUGUUUGCAACUCAGAAAGAGACUGUCAGCUUGAUCACCAGAGAACUUCACAAGCAUCGGGACAUGUUCGAGGUGGUUCAGGAGUUGCAAAAGGAGCAACGACAACAACUGAGACAGCAAAGGUCGGAGGAUGACACCAGCAGCCGCUUUGAGCAGUGGCAACGCUCACCACAGGGCAUGGCCACCGUAGAAAAGCAAAAAAAACAGCAAAAGGAGCACGCGGCGAUGAAGGAGCACGAAGCAGAGUGGAUUGCCGAUGAAGGCCGCUUCGCCAUGUGGCAGCAAAGACGCUCCAGAGGGCUAUAG